UUACUGUUUCCUUUGUCCCUUUGGCAUCUGAGAAUCAUUCUUGAGCAUCUCUCUUGUAUUCUUUUUGUUCUCUCUCUCUCUCUUUCUCUCUCUUUAUCUCUCUUUAUUUUCCUUUCUUGAGGUUUUCUAUUGUAUGGUUCUUCGUAGAUACACACCCUACUAGUUUCUUUUAUACCUUCCUUCUGAAUCUGUCACUAUGACUUCCUCACUCAUGAAGAUCCAAGGCGAACAGGUCCUCGCCAACGAUUUUCAGGACCUUUCAAUCAAAGAUCUGAGUGAGAAGGGGAGUGAGGCAGAGAUUCACGAGGUGGGGUUUGGAAGCCAUGGGGGAAUCUGUGCUAUUUGCUUGGAUAAGAUAGUGCUGCAGGAAACUGCUCUUGUAAAAGGUUGCGAGCAUGCUUACUGUGUAACCUGCAUCCUUCGUUGGGCUACAUACCGUGAGAAAGUUACUUGCCCUCAGUGUAAGCAUCCAUUUGAGUUCCUCAAUGUCCAUCGCUCACUUGAUGGCAGCCUUCAAGAUUACAUGUUUGAGGAAAGUGUUUGCUUGCUACUUCGGGCGUCAUGGUUCAAACCUUUAUCUAUUGAAGAACAUGUGGAUCAUGAAGAUGCAUAUGAAGAGCUAGAAGAUUACUAUCAAUACGAGGACGAAGAAGACGAUGAUAUGGAUGAAGCUUACUAUGGUGGUUCGUCAAGUUUUCGCAUUGGCAACAGGAGAUGGGGAGACAAUGGUUAUGUUAGGGCUGGUCGUCAAGAAGCUCGACCGGUUCAUCAUCGUCCAAAUUUUCAGGAUUCAGGAGCAAGUUCAUCCCGCGAGCCGAGAAAGAAAGAGGCUGGGAAAAGUAUCACAGGAAGAAGGGCAAAGAGGGCACAGAAAAGAGAAGCUGCUGACAAGGCAGCUGAAGCAAAGCAUCAGCAACAUUUGAUAAGGUUGGGUAGGAAGUGAUUCUAUUUCAUGUCAGCCAUGGCGUUGAAUUCCCUUCCCAUAAGUAAUAUAUUUUCUUUUUCUUUUACAUUUUUUUCCUGUACAGUGUUUAUGUUCUCUUUACUGUGAAGCAUGUAAUAAUAGAUCAUGGGGAAGGUGUUUUAGAAUAAUGGCUUGGUGAGGUGGUUGGAUUAUGGAAUUCCUCACUCACUAUAGCAUUGAACAAUUUAGGUUUUAGUUGUUAAUUUGUUAUGCUCACAAUGCAGGUCUAAGUUGUACAUAAUUUCUAUGUGAUAAUUGAUAUCUUUGACACCUUAACAAAAAGACAUGUGAUAUUGAUACUUUUUCACUCA